CCCCCCCCAAAGAUAAACCCUUUUGUCUGUCUGCCUGUGUUUUUAACUGCUUCUCUCUCCUCUCUGCCUUCUCUCUCCUCCCCGUCGAUAGAGAGAGAGGGACAGCCAGAGUAGAUGGUGGUGGUGCCCCUGGCGCCGUAACAUGUGCACACCAACAACACUGCAUUUCCCUUCUCCUUAGAUUCUCCAUCUUCGAACAUAAUCUUCCUUCGAACCCGCUGGAGAUUAUUUUUGCAAUCUCGGCAAUUUCCCUCCGAUUCUCAGGGAUUAAUGGGGAAAAGGGUUAAGAAGGCUCGCAGUGGUCAUAAGGAGAAGCGGGUGUCUACCCCUUCUCAUAAAACUACUGCUCAGCAUAGUAUUUCGACCAUGGAGACUGUGGAUGAUGGACUUUCAGUCACAAAAGAGAGGAAAGUAUGCCCCCAUAUUGACAGGGGUAUUGAUUUGGAAAAAUUUUCUUCAAAGAUAGGGUCUACAGAACAAAUUAGGUGUGAAGAUUGUCGGGAGGGUGUUAUUGAUAGGCGGGCAAGCAAGGGAAGAGGCAAGCAGGGGAAGAAGAAAGGGGGAGGUUCUGUGGAUGCAAAACCAGCGUGCAAUGCAAUUUGGGUUUGUUUGGAUUGCGCGCAUUUUUCUUGUGGAGGGAUUGGAUUUCCAACAACACCUCAAAGUCAUGCAGUUCGGCAUGCCAGGCUAACCCAUCACCCUAUGGCUAUCCAAUUUGAAAACCUUCAGCUGCGUUGGUGCUUCCGUUGCAAUAUGCUUAUUCCAGCUGAAAAAUUGGAGGAAACUGGUGAACAAAAAGAUCCACUAGCAGAUAUCUUGAAACUGAUAAAGGGCAGGUCAUCACAAGUUGCCCCUGUGGAUGUUGAGGAUGUUUGGCUUGGGAGUGGCAGUAUUUCAAGCAAGGUAAAAUCAGAAAGCACUGUUCUGAGAAGUUUGGAUGGGAGAAGUGGUUACUUAGUCAGAGGUUUGGUUAAUCUUGGUAAUACUUGCUUCUUUAACUCAGUCAUGCAGAAUCUCUUGGCGAUGAAUAGAUUGCGGGAUCACUUCUUAGAAAUGGAUGAAUCGAUUGGGCCUCUUACCGUUUCUUUGAAGAAGCUCUUUGUUGAAACUAAUCCGGAGGCUGGCUUGAGAAGUGUGAUAAACCCAAGAUCCUUUUUUGGGUGUCUUUGUACCAAGGCUCCCCAAUUCAGGGGAUAUCAACAGCAUGACAGUCAUGAAUUGCUUCGUUGUUUACUUGAUUGUUUGUGUACUGAAGAACUCAGUGCACGAAAACGGAGUACCUUCCGGGAAAAUGGGUUUUCUACAAAUCUGGGUCCUACUUUUAUAGAUGCCAUCUUUGGCGGUCAACUAUCUAGUACUGUUUCUUGUUUGGAAUGUGGUCACUCUUCAACAGUGUUUGAGCCAUUUAUGGAUCUCUCACUCCCAGUUCCAACCAAGAAACCCCAGUCAAAAAGAGCUCAAUCAAUUUCUAAAGCCAAGAAACAAAAACUGCCCCCAAAAAGAAGUGGACGGGGUCGUCCUAAAGUUAACAAGGAUGCAAGUUCUGAGGCAUCUGUAAAUGUUUCAAAUCCAUCAGCUGGUGGUACAUCCUCCCACCAUGCAGAAUCUGUGGUGCCUGUUGAUGAAAAAAUGGGAGAUGCAUUAUCUGAUUCUGCACAUUCUAAAUCAGUUGGCCAAGAUACAGAUGCAGAUAAGAAAAGUUCAGAUUCAUCAGAUCUCUUGACUGCUGCGGAGUUCGAAAAGAAGCCAUUCCUCAAUAAUAUUUGUGAUAAAACAGAGGCCUCAUUAGAUGAGUCAACAUGGUUAGAUUACCUGGAACAAGAUCCUAUAACAAACAACCCUGAUACAGCAUCACGGGCUAUCUUUACUGCAGUAACUAAUGAUUCAGGAAAAAGUGAUGCUGUUCAAAACGGUGCCUCAUUACAGGAUGUCAUAGAAUAUAGAAGGCAGAUCCACUCAAAUUGUAAGGUAGAAGUAGCAACCUCUUUGGAAAAUUUGACAUGGUUGGAUUACCUUGACGAAAUCACCGUAUCAGAUGAUUAUGAUUUGGCUUCAAAAGUAAAUGAUUCGUCAGUAAGUCAAGAUUUGGGAGGCAAGGAUGCUGAUCAGAAUGAUAUUUCUUUACUAGAUAGAUCAGGAGCUAAUUCUCAGGCUUCCUCUAGUUAUUGGGAGUCAAAUCUUGAAGUUAGUUAUCCAGGCAAUUCUUUUGAGAGUGAGCACCCUUUGCAGCUUCAAGGUUCUGAAGUUUUGUUACUUCCUUACAAAGAAGAAAGUUCAACUAGUGGGGAGGUAUUCAGAGGAGAAGGUGAUACCUACUCAUCAGCUGUUGGUUGUGAACCAGAUUCAUUGGAUUUUGAUGGCUUUGGAGACUUAUUUGAUGAGCCAGAGAUUGCUGCUGGCCCGACAAGUGACAAUAGUUUUCAGGUAAAUGAAGUUGCAGAAACUGGUCUCUUAGUUGGAAAUAGCAGUGACUCUGAUCCAGAUGAGGUGGAUAAUAGUGAUUCUCCAGUGUCCAUUGAGAGUUGUUUGGCAUAUUUUACAAAGCCCGACCUUCUUUCUAAAGAGGAUGCUUGGCAUUGUGAAAAUUGUUCAAAAGCUCUGCAAGAGCAAAUGAUUCAGUCAAGGAAAAUGCAGAAGAAAGUUACAUCAAAGAUUUGGACAAGUGGGGUUGAGGAUAAACUUCUAAGUUCCUCAACAAGUUCUGCAAAGCGUGUCCAUUUCCCUAGUGAGGUCAGAAACCUAAGUGGAGAGAGGAGAAAAGGCGGUGUUACUGCUACAAAUGAAAGUUUAGUCUCAGAUAAUGGAAAUGGUGAUAACCAGAAUUACAAAGAUGAAGCCAGACAAAAAAUUGAGCCGAUCCUGGCAGUUUCUCAGUCAGGAGAAGGAAUUGAUGAGAUGAGUGAUUUACUGGCAGAGCUAACUCAGUCUUCAAGUUAUAGAACUUGUAGUCAAUCAAGUGUCAGUGGUGAAGCCAGUGACUCUUGCAGUGUUGCUGAGCCUAGUAAAGCUGGAUGUAAUAGUGAUGUGGUCCAGGAAAGGAAGGAGCACUUGUUAUCUGGAGGAUCUCAAUCAGAAGGAAGUGGCAAUGAAGAGAUUAUUCUUGAGAGUGUGAAGGUGAAGAGAGAUGCUACUAAAAGGACCUUAAUUAACAGAACACCACCUAUAUUGACUAUUCUUCUUAAGAGGUUCAGCCAUGAUGCUCGUGGUCGUUUGAGUAAAUUGAAUGGCCAUGUAGAAUUCAGAGAGAUGAUUGAUCUCAGACCAUACAUAGAUCCCAGGAUUGGACACAGAUGCAGAGAGACAGGGGAAUACAAGUUUCGGCUUCUUGGGGUGGUGGAGCAUCAGGGGAGCAUGAGAGGGGGCCACUACGUAGCAUAUGUGAGAGGAGGAAAGGGAAACAGCAGCAACAGUGAGAAAGAAGAAAAUGAAAAUGGAGGUUUUGUGUGGUAUCAUGCCAGUGAUACUCACGUUCGGCAGGCGUCUUUGGAAGAAGUUCUUCGCAGUGAGGCCUAUAUCCUAUUUUAUGAAAAUCUUCUUUGAGAAAAUAUUUAUUUCCCAUUAUAUUUUUUUGGUUUUUUCAUGACCUUUCUAAUAGAUGAACUCGGAAAUCCACUGAGUACCCUGCGAUGUAUACCACAGAGAGAGAGAGAGAGAGAGAGAGAGAGUACAACAAUUAUGAAGAAUUUAAUCUAGUUUUGUUCUUUUGGGGGGGGGGGGGGGGGGUUUCUCUCCAAAUUGAGUUAGUUCUAUGAUGUAUAUCCUUCAAUAUGAUGAGAAAAUGAGUUUUGUUGGUUUCCAUGGAAUCUGAGCCGUUUGUUUUUGCAUCACAAUGGUUCAUUUGCCUUUUAUAGUUGCUACAACCAUGAGGGGUGGAUGUAGGAGGAGGAGGAGGAGGUUCAUGAUUAUUCUGAAAAUGCAUGCACCAGCAGCCAGCAGAUCCCAUUUCCGUGCCAAACCACAGGCCAUAAGCUUCCUGGGUUUGCUUCUUCACCCUUUGUCCAGUUGACAUGGCAGGUCAUGGUUUUAUCUGGUUAUAGAAUUAUGAUUCCCAAAAUAAUGAGAUUUAUAAUGUAACCUAGUGGUAGAAGUUUACAUUUGAAGCAAGAAAAUUAGGUUGUCACAAUUUAUAUUCUACAUGACGUUCGAAGAAGGUUUUCACCGUAUUCCUUUCCUCAUAAAAUGGCUAUAAUUGUAGGCAACCAUACUCGGGAUGCCUUGUGUUUCAUUUUACCUUGUAUAAUUGUUGUUUAGGGG